GUAGAAGGACAAAGGCCAGUACGACUUUGACUCGCUGCGGGAGCGCACGUCACUUUCCGCACAGAAACUAAAUCGCGUGUGUUUUAUUGUGAAUAAAAUAAUAUUACAUUGGAUUACCAUUGCUUGCUGCUUAAGUUUGGACUAAACUUAAAACCAGUGACGUAACUUGAAUGUGAGAAUGUGAAUAUCGAUUCGUGUCACGUUAUAUUAUAUCGAUUCAGUGCAAAUGACGGAUGUUUUGUGGCGGAUAUAUUGGUGUUUAGUGCAUCACCCUGGCAUUGAUUGCCUCAUGAUCACCAAAAAGUGAAAUAAGCACGAUGGAGAGUCGCGUUGGUCUCGACUAUAUUGUGGAGCACGCAGAAUACGCAGCAAAACUAGCUGCGGCCUUGUCUUCGCCCGCGGCUCCUGUCAAGAAGCAGGUCUUCGAACUUCUAUCGGCUCUGUGCGUCUACAAUUCUGAUGGCUACGCGCGAGCUGUGGAUACCCUCGAACGAUAUAAGGUGCUGAAAAACGAGAGGUACCGGCUCAGCGUGGUGGUGGAGGAACUGAAAAAUGCCACGAGCACAGAAUACAAGACCGCAUUAGUAGCCUUCAUCAACUGCCUCAUCAUCUCUGCUCCACGUCUUCCUGACAGGACCCGGGUCAGGAAUGAGUUUAUAGGACUUGGACUUCUAUCAGUAUUAAAUAAUUUAAGACAUGAAGCAUCAAGCCAGCCUGAUCUAAGCGUGCAACUAGACGUGUUCGAAGAGCAGAGGGAGAGCGAUGAGGCCCAGGGACCCGGAGGAAUCAAUCUCAAUUCGCAUCUAGAUGUAUUUUAUGCCAUACUUAAACAGGUUUCGGACACACCGCAAGAAAUACCAUUUUUGAGCAUAUUGCAGCAUUUACUGAAGAUAGAUCCUAAGGAGGCAGUCAGCGACAUAGUCUGGGACACAGCAGAGACCCUGGUGCACAGAGCGACACUCCUGGAAUCGAGAGAAGACGCUGCUAAAUUACUUAGGGCUCCAAGUGUUCAGGCAAAAGUUGGGUGCACAUGUCAACACAGAGAUUCUUCGAGUGGCGGUCGGAAGCAGAGCCUUCAGAGAGCCCUGUCUCCACCACCGCCACCACCAGCACCGGCACCACCUCCUCCAUGUAUUCCACCACCACCUGCACCGAUGCUACCACCGCCUCCGCCGUGUGGACCGCCACCUCCCCCAGUCCCACCUCCCCUAUCGGCUCCAUCCGCUCCUAUUCCACCAGCUCCAGUAAUGGACCUAAAGCUGCCCCAACAAGAAACCCCUCUGCCUAAAACCAAAAUGAAAACUAUUAAUUGGAAUAAAAUACCUAACAGUAAGGUGGUGGGACAGAACAACAUCUGGUCAAUAGUAGCGACAAGUCACAAACACUCACCGAAAACAGAGUUGGAUUGGAACGAAAUAGAAGAUCUAUUUUGUCAACAGAUUCAACCGACCGGCUCGGCGGGGUCGUCGCCUCGCUUGGGCCGUAGCCCCAUCUGCGACGCGUCCGGAGAAAAGAAACCGAGGAAAGAGUCCUCCGAGAUCACGCUCCUCGACGGCAAGAGGAGCCUUAACGUCAACAUAUUCUUAAAGCAGUUCCGAAGUUCCAAUGAAGAUAUUAUACAGUUAAUUAGAGAAGGUUCUCAUGACGAUAUCGGCACGGAAAAGCUUCGUGGACUUUUGAAGAUACUACCCGAAAUAGACGAGUGCGAGAUGCUUAAAGCGUUCUCCGGUGACGUCACAAAGCUCGGGAACGCGGAGAAGUUUCUGCUACAACUGAUACAAGUACCCAAUUACAAGUUACGUAUAGAAUGCAUGCUGCUGAAAGAGGAAUGGCCGUCCACUACUGGUUACUUGGAGAGCGCCAUCAACGCAAUCCUGGUUGCCGGAGAUGACCUCAUGUCUUCAAGAGCACUACAGGAGGUGCUGUAUAUAGCUUUAAUAGCUGGUAAUUUCCUCAACGCUGGUGGCUAUGCGGGCGGCGCGGCCGGUGUUAAGCUGUCCUCACUUCAGAAGCUACAGGACAUCAGGGCGAACAAGCCUGGAAUCACUCUUAUGCAUUAUGUGGCGCUGCAAGCAGAGCGCAAGAACAAAGAACUGACACAUUUCGCGGAUGAUACGCGAGUUUUGGAAGAAGCUGCUAAGGCAUCAGUCGAACAACUCCACAACGAGAUCAAGACCCUAGAGACCAGGAUCGGGGUGCUGAAGAAGGAUAUUUUGUUGCCAACCACCCAGCCUGAUAUUAGUCGGCAGAUGGGAGAGUUUCUAAAGGUCGCUGAACAAGAAAUAUCAGUACUGAAUAAAGACAUGGAGGAAGUGGAAACCCUCCGAAAGCAGCUGGCGGAGUUCUUCUGCGAAGACUCCGUGUCCUUCAAACUUGAGGAAUGCUUUAAGAUAUUCGUGACGUUCUGCACGCGGUUCCGCGCGGCGGCUGCGGACAACGUGCGGCGUCGCGCUCACGACGAGCAGGCGGCCGCGCGGCGCCGCGCCCGCGACCUCAGCCUCGCCACGCACAAACUCAAAACCAGUAGCAGCGUCUGCUCAACUCCAGUAUCCGAUUGCGAGUCACUUAUGGAGUCCUUAUUGUUGGACAUUAGGAACGGUCUAGGCAGGCGGUCUUUACGGAAGCCAAGAGACCCCUCUCCUUCACCUGACGUGACACCGACGGGCAGCCUCCGCCGCCGCAGCCGCGCCAGCCCUGGUGAUGAUGAAGAGGGUCUGUUGGAGUUCUUGAAGCACUCCGCGCCUGAGCGGGCCUUGUGGGGCAGUCUGGACCGGUCCUGGUCCCGGCGUGGUGCGGUCCGUGGGCGCCUGGAGCUCCCCGCCGAGCGCGAGCGGGAGCCCCCGGCGGCCCCCCCUACGUCUGCCCCCGCCGCGCCCCCCGCGCCCGAACCCCCCACCAAGCCGAAGGAAUGGAGGCAGAAGAUAGAGUCGUGGUUGAGAGCGAACAGUCAAGAAGAGAAGAAAGAUGCGGAUCUACGUGAGCGAGCGCGACGGCUGCAGGCUAACAGACGGUCCUUGGAAAACGACUCCGAGAGCGGCACCCUGGAGGCUCUACCGGAGGGGGCGCGGGCCGACCUGCGCCGCGCGCUGCGCACCGACGUCGUCAGCGCCAUCGAGGCCGUCGAAGAUGUUCAGCCUCAAACGAAGGACACGCGGAUACCGUGGAGGAAAAUAGAAGAGAACGAAGAAGUUCGAAGACUGAGACGACAGAGGUCUAGACAGCAGAUAGAGUCGCCGCAACCUCUGGUCUCCAUCACCGAGGAAGAGAAACGAAAGCUACCCGACAUCACUAUCGCCACAGCGAAGGAUGCAAAACCAGAAAUAGCAGAAAAGAAUGAUAAAAUUGAAAUAGAUUCAGACAAUAUAGAAACUCCACCAGUCCAAAGAAAAUUCUUCAACCCACCUCCAGAGAAAGAGCCAUGCCGGAAGUUCCAGACGUCACUACCAACGAAAAACCUCAACGAGAAAGCCACAGCAGAGAUGAGAGACCUUUGCCAAGAAAUCUUGGGAGACGGACAGUUCGAUAGAUUUUCGGCAGCAAGAAGAACGAGGAGAUACAAGAGGAAUCCUGACUCCAGUUCUCCUGAGGACGAGAAAAAGCCUGAGCCCUCCGAAUUAGUCGCCGAAACUCAACUCAUGCGGCCAUCCAAACUUGAGGUGCAAACCUCCUAUCCCGUGGAAGCAUCUCCCAUGCCAAAACCAGUAGAAAUGGUAAAAGAUGAGAAGGAGAGCAGACUGAAACGCUGGCAAGACAAACUCAAAAGUCACAGUACGGAGAAAACUGCUACCAAAGAAACCAAACCGUAUUCGAGGAUGAGGCGGCAGACUUCAAUAAACCAGGAGGAUGUCCAGAAAGCGAUAAGAGAACUCAAGUCUCCAACAGAAAGUCCGACGGGCGUAUGGUCUAGGAACGCGUACAGAAAAACUGUGGGUUCCAGAGUAGAGAAAGCGAGUGAAAGGACCACAUCUCCCAAAAUACCAAAAGUCAAAAGCGAACACGAAUUAAAUGAUGAAGGUUUUGAAGAAACUCAAAGCCUGAACUCGGAGAGCGCGUCUCAGGGAGCCUCAUCAGGAUGCAACGUAGAGUGUGACUCUCCCGUCCCCAAGAUCACGAAACUGCCUGUGAUCCCAAAGAAAGUGCCCACCAAAGAUAUGAAAGUCCCUCCAAGAACUCCCAUCGAUCCGAAGCGCGCAGUACCUAAACGAACCAGCUCAUUGAGGGUCGAAAGGUCCACUUCCAGAACAUCAUUGAGGAGUUCCAGAAGUUCGUUGAACAGUUCUGUAUCAGUGGCUACCGUGAAGAAGGCUCCAGCGCCAGUCAAGCCAGCUCCUAAGUCAAUACCGAAACCGAUACCAAGGAUGCCGGCUUCCCGUUCUUCUUCCAGCGGCAGUUCCGUAGGCGCUGCUAGACCUCCUCUGAAAACUGCAGCUAAGACAUCAGGGUUCAUGAGACCGACCCAAGCCUCAAAAGGAAGAGGGAGUCUGACGCCGCAACAGGUUGUUAGAGCCAGUGUCAAAUAAACAACACGACUGGAGAUUUGGGGUAACAUGUUUCAAGUCGAUCGAACGAACAAUCAAAAGGCAAAAAUACAUCUGAUAUGCCACAGGAGUCUAUAUAUUAAAAAGGAAUAUAUACAUGAUUAUUUAAAAAAAAAGACAAAAAUAUAGUCAUGUGAUUAUCGCAUGACGCAAAUAUAUAAUUCUAAAGCGAAUUGAGAUAAAUAUAUAAAUACAUUUCCAUUGAUAAAGCUGGUGCUUAACAAACAUCUGUACUCACAAAUAUAAUUUACAAGGUGCAUAUAAAGAUCGAGUGGAUCUUUUAUACGAAGAAGAUUUGAAUUUUAGAAUAAUCGACUAAUAAUUUUAUUGAAAGGUUGCCAACUUCGUAUCAUUCCAAUUUUUAAGGUAAAUAAUUACAUUAGAUUCAACACGCGGCAACACUAACUCGUGCACGACGGCCGGUCGGUUUUCUACUUUUUUUUAAGUCCGUCGGCUACUCGACUUUUUAGCCUAUUUGAGUUGAUUUAUUAAAACCUAUAAAAUACAGCCAUUUCGAUCCAUUUUCUGAAUUUUUUUGAACACUAAAAGGUCAAUAAUUCGCCAUUACGAUCCGAAAACUGCGAUCUAGAUCUGAAAAACGUUCAAAUUCUCGCCAAAGGUCUUUCUUUAAUGACAGUUCAAAAACAGCGUUGUAAGACUCGAGGCAGUUCAAUGUAUAAAAAAAGUUCAAUGUAGUGUACGCGGUAUUAACUAUAGUUAUUAAUACGUGAAGCAAAAAUUUAGUAUCCCUUUUUACGAAAAUUGCGCGGACGGAGGAGUAUGAAAUUUUCCACACUUAUAGAGAAUAUAGAGAAGAAGUGCACAAUGCUAAUAUUUUUUUUAAAUAAUGCAUAAAAGAUACUUUAAAUCAAUAAAAAAAACAUUACACACACCACUUACCAUGUAUUUCACGCACACACGCAUGCAUACUAUUUAUUGUCAAAUUUUAAUGUCAAAUUUGUUCUUGACGUCUGUGGUCAAAUUGAGAAUAGAUUAAAUAUUGUUUGUCUUUAUUAAUAUUUUUUUAUACCUAGUGUAGCCUUGGCGAAAUUUGUGAUUAUAUGUAGUAUGUGUACAAACUUACAAUUCCAAUUAAUUAGAGUCGAAUUUCGACUACUGUGGGACCUCUAGUUAUUUGAUCAAUAAAAUUUCAGAUAUCAGAAUGUGUUGUGCGCGUGCACCGCCUAAUGUAAUUUUAACUGACAGUUGGCAGCUUUGACUUAAAGGUUUAUACAUAAAUAUAUUAUUGGAAAUUUCAGAUGUAAAACGCGUUAGAAUCUCAACACAAUCUGAAGUUUUCAAUGACUGAAUUACUGUGUAAGUUUUGUAUUUAAUUUUAAGAUCUGGCAUAGGACCCGUACUUUAAUAUUUUAUUUUAUUACGUGUACGUAUUUAAUUUAAUAAAAAAAAAAAAAAAACAAGACGAGAAAAGUGCCACGAAUUUGUACGGGUAUUAAAAUUAAAAAGGUUAUUUCUUUGGGAAGUCAUUUGAAAUGGUGAAAGAGAUUUUCAGGGGAAUCUAACUCCAUCUUGAAAGCAACUGUCAGAGAAGAUUCGAAUUUACAAAUUUGAAUCGACCAAUCACGCGACGUUCUCGGCGUCUCGUUGAAGCAGCUGUCCUUAUCCUACCUACUCGAUUGGAAUAGGUGUAAAAGGACAACGAUAGGUCUGUCGAUUGCUAUAGUAAAAGAUUGAAAAAAAAACUCGCUAUAUUUCAAAACAGAAAAACCAAGAGAGUCCUUAAGACUAUAAAUUAUGACCUAAAACAAAAUAAAAAGUUUCUCAGCGAAAACAUCUCUUCAUAUAAUUUAUUUGAAAAUUUCUUUACAUUUCAAUAAACUUCCAAAUAAUUGAAGUCAUUAUUUUUUUUAUUGAAUUAUCUACUAAUUUAAGUAUUAUCAUUAAAUACAUUUAUUUAUAUGAUCUGAAUAGUUCUAUAAUGAGAGCUUAUAUUAUUGUCACAAAUAAAUUUUAUAUAAAUAAAGGGAAUAUCAAUUAAAUUAAGUAUAUUAUAACACAGUUGUUUUCAUUGUACGUGUUUAUGUACUAAAAGAGAAUACAAUAAAAUUAUGUAUCCAAA